AUGGCUCGAUCGUCUUUGUUAUUUUUGUUGACCGUAAUCGCUCAGGCGGCUUUGCCCACCGAAGCCCUGGUCAGAAAUUGCACUGCUGGAUGCAAGUGCAAGGAGAUUGAAGGCGAAGAAAGAUCAGCGAACUGCACAAUAAGUAACCUCACAGAGCUGUCAAGAUUCAUUUUUCCUUCGCAAGUAAAGACACUGUGAGUAGACCAGCGCACCUAUGUCACAGAAAGAAAUAUUUGAUGGAAUCUACCAGGAAAUUAAUUUUCAGUGGACAAAAACCUUGUACCAGAAUAAUUUAAAGCAUAUUGCUUUCAAAUUUACAUUUUUAAAGGGCUAAAGAUGUAAUUAGUCAUCUGUGAUAACACGAAAGAAAAUUUCUUGUGGGAAUCCGAGAAAAUGAAUGUCAAAUUUCACAAAAUGACAUCUUUUACUUGAAUUUUUCAGAAUAUUCUCUGCAUUCAAUGGAUACACACACCGAUACAUUCACAAUUCUCGUGAAAUUUGAUAUUCAUUUUCUCGGACUCCCUUGCGAAAUUUUCUUUGGUGUUAUUACAGAUGACUAAUUACAUCUUUAGCCCUUCAAAAAUGUAAAACUGGGAAUGCAAUAUUCUUUAAAUUAUUCUGGUACAAAGUUUUUGUCCACUGAGAAUUAAAAUUACUCAAUUUCCUGGUGGAUUCCGUUUUAAAUGUUCUCUGAUCUGAUUUUAAGCUCAAUUGUAGUCUUAAAAAAAACCACCUCCUACGUAUAUCUUCUACGUAUUCCAACAUUUGAGAUAUGAACGGAUAUUUUGUUGUUGGUAGUUUGUUUGCUUGUUUGUUUGUUUUUUUCGUACACAUUCAAGAAAACACAGGAAAGCAAAUGGCAGCUUUCGGUGUAUCGUAGCUUCCGAACAUUUCGUGCGCGGUUUGUCGGCAAAUUUUACUUUAGAAAUUAAAAAAAAGCCGUGGUCAAAGUAGAGGAAACAUCAUCUUCUAAUUAACAAAUAAAAUUUUUUAUACACAAAAUGAUAUUUAGGCUAACCAAAUAUUCAAUAAGAACAGUUUUAAGGUUACACGAAACGAUUCGCAACGACCAUUUUUAGCGCAACACAGGGUUCAAAUGUUGAAACAGUAUUGCAGCCAUUCGAAACAAUGUAACAACAAUGUUGUAACGCUGUGUUGCGCUAAAAAUAGUCGUUGCUAAUCGUCCCAUGUAGCAUCCCCUUUAGCAUGGCCGCAUUGACAGAUGCUUUAUUGGAGCUGACAGUUUCACAGGCUACAAAAUGACAUGAAUAGCUCAACCAGACAAUUAUCAUUUUACUUUAAAUUAAAUUUUUAACCGGUUUAUUUUUCUUGUUAUUCAGGGUAAUCGCGUUAUCUAGUGAAAUGGGAAUUCUUCCCGAAGGAUCGUUUGUGAACUUCACUAAUCUUGUGAACUUGUAAGUAUUCUUAUUAAGUGUUAUUUAGUGAUCUACGGUAGUCUUAGACUUCCAACUUUCACUUAGGGAAGCUAGAUUUUUUUUGUAGGGUGCGGAAAGAGGAUGAGAGGGUAGCUGGGUAGGCGACCAUUAUCUUUCGAUAGGUGUACAAAGAUUGUCUACAGGCGUGGCCUUAGAAUCUGCACAAACCCAGUAGCGACACUAUUGAUCUCCUUUAUGAAACUGGAAAAUUUGGGAAGAGGAUAUCUAACUUGGCGACAGGGAUCUAUUUGGGUGGGGAUGUGCCGCUGGGACUGAAUUUUGCUACGCUAUACUAGAGUAAACUCCCCAAAUUCCCCUAUCCUAGAGUAGCUGUUUACCUAGUCUAGAUAAAAUCUUCAACCAACUGAUCAAAAAAUGGCGAAACAGGGAAACGAUACCCUUCACAGCGGCAAACCUAUAUAGCCCAUAUAUGACAAUAGAAAUCAACGAAACAACGACAGAAUAACCGGUGAAAUGAGGAAGUUUCACGUUGUAGUCGUGCAACGACAUAGCAAUGUACAAAAAAGUGUGAUGCUCGUGCAAAGUUGUUGUUUUGCCAAUCUAAACCUAUGGCUUUUUUUUGCCGUUCUCGUUAUCAUCGCAGUCAUCGUUGCUCAAGCUCUCCUUUAUCUAAUAUCUUCGACACUAUUUCAGGUGCGCAAAUGUACAGGUAGCCGCGCCUCUGCCAUUCGUUUCUGAAAAUAGGAGAACAGCGAUAGCUUGCCUAAUUUUGGGGGGCUUGAGAAAGCUGCUUCUUUGUUUACGCAAGCCGAACUUUUUGUGCACCCGCUUCCGAAGAAAAUGCCUCCAUUCUGUGCUAAACAGCAGCUCAUCCACUCACUCUGCCAACGAACAAUUUUGUACGCCUCGCGCGGAAACAAAAUUGUUUGAGAAUUUUCAGAGGUAGCUUAGUUUGUUCCAUAGCGUAAAAUUCCGAAAAUAAGCCCCUCCAAAUAUAAGCCCCCCAAACCGGUAACAGAAAAAACCCUCCGUUAAAUCGCCCCUCCAAAUAUAAGCCCCCUGGGGGAUUGUACUUGGAAAAUUGCCCCCAAAUACAAAGUAAAACAAGGCAAAAACGGUAAAUUUACUUCCAACUAUAAGGCUAGCCCUAUCGAUUUUGAAACGCAAAUUUCCCUCCGUAGAUAAGCCCCUUGGAAUAUAAGCCCCUUCAAAAAUAAGCCCCUCAAAAAGGGCCUUUGAAAAAUAUAAGCCCCGGGGCUUAUUUUCGGAAUUUUACGGUAUUUAAAGAUCCAGCUCAGGUUGGCGAAACGGGUGGGGCUUAUUUUUGAGGAAAAUAAUCUAAUCUGUUUUGUCAUAUGUCUAUGUUCUGAUAUUGUAGGAGUAUUUCUAACAGCAAUAUCAGAGAGAUCAAAGAUGGUGCGUUCUCAGGUCUCAACCUUUUACAGUACCUGUAAGUACAUUUACCAUGUUAAUCAAAAACACAAAUAAGGUGUUUUAUUAGGUGAUUUAUUACAUUUCCUUGUUCUUGAGAGAAUGACUAACGAACCUAAGCUAAUUAGCAAAGCUAAAGUUGUAAUCUAAGGUUAGGGCCUCUUUAUUUACAAGGAAACAGGGUUACCCUUUUGCUAGGGUUACCCUAGCAAGCAGGUUAAAGUUAGCUCUUGUUUACAACCAAAUUUCACGGGUAGGGUUACCUAUCACCCGCGUCAACUUUACAAGCUUUGUUGGCGCGUUUCGUCAUGCGUGUCAUUCUUUGUAACGGUUCAAAAUUUGAAAUAAUAUUGCAGUUUUUUACGGAAAACACGUUAAAUUCUCGAAAAAAAGGGAAAAAUAAUAUUAUCAUCGUCGACAGAACAUAACUUUUAUUUUUUAGAUGUUUAUAAUUAAUCUCAAAAAUUGGAUAAUACCGUUCAAAUUGGCACGAUUUAAUACUGGUCACGCAUGAUCGCGGAAAGUUGACCCUGGUAGGCGAGUUAUCCCUAGCUGAGCGUUUACAAGGCCGGUAGGGUAACCUUAGCACUCAGUUAGGGUUACCCUAGCGCUAGGGUAACCCUACCUGCCUUGUAAACACGUCGUGUGAAAAAAGAAGAAAUAUGUGAGUGCUCUGGGUAACUUGCUUGCUAGGGUAAACCCUAGCACCAGGGUUACCCUUCCUCCUUGUAAAGAGGGUCUUAAUCUGAAGGGGACUAUCAAGCCACGAGGGUGGUUACACUUGUCGUUGUAGGGCUCCCCUUUGUAUCCAAGAGCAAACGAAUACUACCCACCUACCCCUCCCUUAGGCCAACAUCAACACUUACUUCUCAUGCGUGAUCGUGAUUAGAUCCUUUAUUAGUAUCCGGUCCUUCUUUUUUGUACGCUGGUCUUUGCUUCAAAAAUUGAAUUAAGGGAGGGGUAGGUGGGCACCGAGCGAACGUUUAACCCUCGGACGUACAAGGAGGGGGGGCGGGGUGGAUGCCACCCCCCCAUAAGGUUUUUCUGAGUCUUUUCCUAGAGGAUAAAACAUCAGAACCUGACGUUUUCAGUAGUUGUUCGUUCAUCCCUCGCGAAUAUUUUUAGACAAGUUCAGUGAUGGUGAGUUGCUGUGGUUACGAGAUAUGACGUCAUAAGUAGCGGGUGGUCAAGCUAUUUUUGAGUGAAAGUACCUGUUUUUUCAGCUUAUUUGAACAAUAAAAGUAAAUCUUGUGGCUAAAAUCAUGCAAAGUGCUUAUUUAUGUGUUAUUUCUCAUGUAAAGCACAAAACAUUACCAUUUCUCGCGGUUUUAACCUGAUUUCUAAUUCUUGGUAAAAUCCAAGAUGACGGCCAAGAUGGCGACCGUUGUUGGUGACGUCACAGUUCUCCAGCAGCGCCACCACCGAUAAAAUAUACCUGAUCUUGUUAAGAAGAUCAAAGGCUUCGAUUGAGAAAUAUUAGCAUUGAGUAAUUGCUCCCUAUAUCUCCCGCUUCUGCUCUCAAAACUCCCACUCCUUCCUCUCCUUUUUCUCCCGUACUUCGCUGCUCCCUGUUCUCUCAUACCCACAACCCCUGUCCUCUUUCACGACUAAGAAAAUUGCCCGCGAUGUGCAGGUGACCGUAUCGUAAGGGUUCUCUUUUGGGAUUUCGGACGAAACGAAAAUUAGAGAGCACGGGUAGUUUCGGCGGGAAGGGGGAGGGAGAAGGAAGGGGCGUCCUUGACUAGUCUUCCUCAGCGGCAUACUUACAGGCUAUAGAGUUGUCGUAAAGGGAUGUUUGUAAUCAACAGUACAUACCAACAACAAGAGAGACAAUCAAUAUUUACGGUAUCUCUACGUUAAAAUGCUCUUCGAGUGAUGUGUUUACAUAACAAAUUUUAAGAGAAACUACACUAAAGCUAGCUAAGAAUAUACGCAUGUAUAUACCCAAAGAAGCUAUGUAAAGCAACCCCCAAGUCGCACCGCACAUUGAGUUCUAUUGCACGGAUGGUUUGUAAUCAUUUCGUUCUCUUAUCCGCAGAGACCUUUCUGCAAAUCAACUCACUAGCUGGGAAGAAAGUUUUUCGAGUGGCUCGGAGCUUUCGUCUUUGACGUGUCUGGAUAUAUCAAGCAAUCCAACCACAUUUAAACUACCGACCGCUAUACUUAAACUGUCCAGCCUCAAGGAGAUUCACGGUGCAUUCUUGAACCAACCGUGCUCGGUUUGUACGCUUAUCAGGAAUUACACCUGGCAAAGAGAGGAAACGAGUUCGAACAUGGAGAAAUUUAACAUCACUGCAUCAGACCUGAGAAACGAAACAUUUAGGAAGGGCAAAAAGGAAAAUUGUCAGGUCAACGAAAUUGAAAUAUUAAGCAAGGAGGUGGUUGAAUACGCGCAGUAUGGUUUUUUUCCAACGUGUUUGGAAACGAAGAAGGAAUGUUACGACAGUGUUAUUCACGUCACACCCAUUCACAGGUGCUGGGACAAUAGUAAUAAAUAUUUGAAUGCGGUUUUCUUCAUUGCGCCGAUUGCUUUCCUUCUAAACUUAACGGUGGUUUUAAUCACGUUAACUACUCGAGCAUUACGGAGAAAUGUCACCAUGUUUUUGACCUGCAAUAUGGCUUUUAGUGACUCCAUCCUCAGUCUAUAUGCGAUCAUAUUGAUCUCAACGAGACAAAAGUCGUAUGUGGACUUCUUGAUGAUCCAGCAUGGCAUGUGUAAUAUAAUCGGAUUCAUGUGGCUUACCUGCCAAAUAGUCAGCAUCAAGACCUCCUUAGUCCUGACCGUAGAACGCUUUUUAGCCGUGGUAUAUUGCAUGGAGCCCACGAUUCGUAUAACUCGCAAACUAGCGGUGGCCCUUGCAGUGCUAAUAUGGAUUUUGGGCGUGGCUGUUGCUAUCUUACCCGUACUAAAAAUAUCUGUGUACUAUGGCAACACAUACUGCAUUCCAAUUCGUCCACUCAAAGACAUACCGCACUCCUAUGAGCUGAGUAUAGGGUUGUCGCUAUGGGGAAUGCUUAUAUACUGCACGACAAUACCCUUCUAUGUGAAAAUCUUCCUCGCUGUGAAGAAAACUAGCAGGAGAGCCGGUGUAAAAAGAGAUGGUACUCUGGCUAAAAGAAUAUGCAUUUUGGUGUUUAGCAAUAUGUUAUUUUUCUUCAUUCCAAUUGUGAUUGCAUUUCUCUGGCUUACGACUAACCUCAAGGACACAAUGUCGCCAAAGAAACGAGAAAUUCUUACGGGAGUUAUUCCAACACUACUCUUCAGCCUCAACUCCCUCAUAAAUCCGUUGCUUUACGCUUUCAGGUCGGAAAAGUUCCAAAAAGCGAUCAAAAUCAGGAUAUACACAAUUUUCUUGAGGAAGCCCAGGAGUUCUUCCUUGUCAAUGUCUUUAUCUCAUCUAGCGACUGUAAGAACUAAAAGAAAUCGCAAUUCCACUUUACCAUCGUCUGCAGAUACGUUAAACUCUGCUUAUACCAUAGCCCGAAGGACACCUCCCACGCCGAAAAGGGAGUCAUUAAACGGGGAUGCAAUGGCCUUGACAAAAGUCUAAAGUUAUAAUGUAUUAGGAUCAGCAAAUGGCUUCCGUCGGCUGAAGCAAACGAAAAGCAGAAGUGGCUGUCUGAGUGGAACACGAAACGGCAGUGAAAUGUCACUCUUCCUGAAAUUAAAAUGUGUAUGCACUACCUCAUUCUCUCUUGAUACUGCUUAGAAAACAGAAGACUGAAGAUCAUGUAAUAACCUCUGUCAAACCAAAUUCAGAUACUUCAUGCAAUGCCAGUGGCGGACUUUCCCCAGAUGGAGGGGUUGUCCGGGUUCCCCUUUUUUCGCCCAUUAACAAGUUUUUUUAGUGAUUUUUAUACGACUGAGUGAUUUGAAAUUGAAUCGCUAACAACAAGUAUCACUUAUAAGAUGUUUCUUAUAAUUAAUUGUUUAUUACUAGACGAGAAAGACAAACAAUGGAGGAAAUAAUUAUCUCGUUCCAACAUGGUGUACAAAAGAGAGGGAGAGAGAGAGAGAGAGAGAGCUGCACAGGCUACUAAUUAAUAGAUCGGUUUUAUAAUUUGACUAUUUCCUUUUAAAAGAGUAUGAAAAU